UAAAUAUUUAAUCUAAUAUUUAAAUGGAUAUUAUUGAUUUUAACAAGCAAAACUCUGUAAAAAAAGUUGGUAAUUUUAUUUGCUUAUUGAGAUAGUCAAAAAAAAGGUUAUUAUAUAAGCACCUGUUGUUUCAAAACCACAAAUUAAUAAAGAUUAUUAUAACAAGGCAUUAGAGAGAAUCAUUCAAUUAUUGAAAGAAAAUAACCCAUCCUUAGCCACUUAAACUAAUAUACAACUUGAGAAACCAUAAAUUGACAAAUUGGGAACAAAGAAAACUUUGUGGAAGAAUUUUGAUGCAAUAUGUAAUUAAAUGAAUCGGGAAGCAUAACAUGUGAGUCAAUACUUUUUAAUUGAGUUGGGUACUGAAGGGUAUUUAUUAAAAAUUAUAUGUAGAUCUCAAGCUGAUGAAAAAUUAAUCAUUAAAGGAAGGUAUACAAGUACUUAAAUCGAAACAUUAAUCAAAAAAUAUUUGUGUAAAUAUUUAUUAUUUAAAUUUUAGAUGAAUAUGUCUUAUGUUCAUUGUGUAAAAGUUCUGAUACUACACUCAUUAGAGAUGUUGAAUCUAGACUCUAUAGUAAAGAAUGUAAAAAUUGUAAAGCCACUAAAACUGUUGCAACACUCAAAAUUUCUAAUAAGAGAUAAAAAUGAUUAAUC